GUCCGCUGCUAUUACUCUUCCCGGAGCAAUUGACUGAGCCAUCUCUUACGCUCCUCGUCUUGAAUUUUCGACGACUAGAUCUCCUGUUUUUUACUUGAUUGUAUGGUUAUUUCCGAUUUCUCGUAGAAAUCAGGAGCGAAGACUCGAGGGCACGGUCUUGGAGUUGGAGAGAGUGAAACGGUGGUUUUUGUGCGAGUUAUAUCGCUUCUGUGCGGGCUAAAAGGAUUGCAUUUCUGAGAAGAGAUGGGGUUUAUAUCGGGAUUCGUGAUGGGGACUUUGGUGGGGAUUGCACUGGUCGCUGGCUGGAGCCGCAUGAUGAUGCACCGGAGCACCAAGAGGAUAAGUAAGGCAGUUGAUAUAAAAAUUUUGGGAUCUCUUAAUAGGGAUGACUUGAGAAAACUCUGUGGCGAUAAGUUUCCUGAAUGGAUAUCAUUUCCUGCAUUUGAGCAGGUGAAGUGGCUAAAUAAACAGCUGAGCAAACUAUGGCCAUUUAUUGCUGAAGCUGCCACUGUUGUUGUUAAAGAUUCUGUUGAACCGCUACUCGAUGACUAUCGUCCUCCAGGAAUAACCUCAUUGAGGUUCAGCAAAUUUUCUCUUGGAACCGUGCCACCCAAGAUUGAAGGAAUCAAAGUGCAGAGCCUCAAACAAGGUCAAAUUAUUAUGGAUAUUGAUUUAAGAUGGGGUGGAGAUCCGAGUAUAAUUUUGGCAGUUGAAGCUCUUGUUGCUUCUUUACCUAUUCAGUUGAAGGAUCUUCAGGUUUUCACUAUUGUGCGUGUCAUAUUUCAACUUUCUGAUGAAAUUCCUUGUAUUUCUGCCGUUGUAGUUGCUCUCCUUUCAGAGCCAAAGCCUAGAAUAGAUUAUACUUUGAAGGCUAUUGGAGGAAGCAUUACUGCUAUUCCUGGGCUUUCCGACAUGAUAGAUGACACUGUGCAUUCAAUUGUUUCUGACCAGCUUGAGUGGCCCCAUAGAAUUGUUGUUCCACUUGGUGGAGUGGAUGUUGAUAUAAGUGACCUUGAACUCAAACCGCAAGGAAGGAUUUCCGUUACAGUGGUGAAGGCAACCUCUUUGAAAAAUAUGGAAAUGAUUGGAAAAUCCGAUCCUUAUGUGGUUUUGUAUGUACGUCCUGUGUUCAAGUUCAAAACAAAAGUGGUCAAUAACAAUCUCAACCCUAUAUGGAAUGAAACGUUUGAGCUUCUUGCCGAGGACAAGGAAACUCAAUCCAUCUUUUUUGAAGUUUUUGAUGAAGAUGACCUUUCACAAGAUAAGAAAUUAGGUGUAGUCAAGUUGCCGUUGGUUGAAUUGGAAGCUGAAAUUAUUAAAGAAUUUGAGCUUCGAUUGCUACCUUCACUGGAUAUGAUGAAGAUAAAGGAUAAGAAAGACAGGGGGACUAUUACUGUUAAGGUGUUCUAUCACGCCCUCUCAAAGGAGGAACAACUCGAGGCUCUAGAAGAGGAGAAGAAAAUAUUGGAGGAGAAGAAGAAACUGAAAGCUGCCGGUGUUAUAGGGAGCACGGUGGACGUGUUGGGCGGCGCGGUGGGCGGAGCAGCAUCCCUGGUGACCACGGGUGAACCCGCCGGUGCCGGCAUCGUCGGUUCAGGCCUAGGUGCAGGUGCUGGUCUGGUUGGCUCUGGAUUCCAUGCCCUGAGCAAAGCAGGGAAAUUCAUGGGCAAGACGGUCUCUCACCAGUUCAGUACCUCCAAGAAAAACGGAAACGGUUCUCCUGUAAUUCCAGCAGAUGGAGCUGGAAGUUAAGCUGUAACUAAUUCUUUUACAUGUUUUGCCUUUUUUAUGGGAAAUUUACAUACCUAAGUCACAAUUCUUAUGGAUUUUACAUAUAUAUAACGCCAAAA